UCCCCGAAGGCCGGGAAAAACCAGGCGUCGCCUGCGGGCUGCGCUGCACGUCCGCCCCGCCAGGGAAAGAAGGAAGGAAGGAAGGAGGGAGGCGGGCCCUGCCGGCCCCCGCGGCUGCUGCCUGCCGCCUCCUCCGGAGAAGAAGGACUCGCCUCUCGCCCGGGCCGGCCGCGCCAUGCCUCGCCCGCCGAUGCUGCUUCUCCUCCUCCUCCUCCUCUUCCUCCCUGCCGCCCAGCAGCAGCCCGCGCCAGACGCCGCCUCCGCCGAGCGCCGCUGCUUCUGCCAGGUCACUGGUUAUUUGGAUGACUGUACCUGCGACGUGGAGACGCUAGACGCCUUCAACAACUACAAGGUUUUCCCGCGGCUGCAAACCCUUCUCGAAAGUGAUUACUUCAGAUAUUACAAGGUUAACCUAAAGAAGACAUGCCCCUUUUGGAAUGUCAUCAGUCACUGCGGAAUUAGAGAUUGUGCGGUGGAGCCCUGCCAGUCUAACCAGAUCCCUGAUGGAAUCCGGUCAGCAAGUUACAAGUAUUCCGAAGAAGCCAACACCCCUGCUGAGGACUGUGAAGAAGCGCAGAGGCUUGGAGCCGUCAAUGAAUCUUUAAGUGAGAAAACGGUGGAGGCCGUACGGCAAUGGACCCAGCACGACGAUUCUGCAGACAGCUUUUGCGAAGCGGAUGGUAUUUCCCCCGAGGCGGAGUAUGUGGACCUCCUGCUCAAUCCCGAGCGCUACACUGGUUACAAAGGGCCCGAUGCCUGGAAGAUGAACAGCAUUUAUGAAGAAAACUGCUUCAAACCCCAGUCUGUAAAAAGGCCUUUGAAUCCCUUGGCUUCUGGCAGAGGAGAAGAUGAAGGGAACAUGUUUUACAGCUGGUUGGAAGGCCUGUGUGUGGAGAAGCGGGCUUUCUACAAGCUCAUCUCUGGCCUCCAUGCAAGUAUCAAUACUCAUCUCAGCGCCAGGUACCUUCUUCAAGACACUUGGUCGAAGAAGCAGUGGGGUCACAACGUGACCGAGUUCCAGCAGCGGUUCGAUGAAGUCCUGACGCAGGGCGAGGGCCCCAGGAGGCUGAAGAACCUCUACUUCAUCUAUUUGAUCGAACUCCGCGCCCUCUCCAAAGUCCUGCCUUUCUUCGAGCGCCCGGAUUUCCAGCUGUUCACAGGCGACAAAGACAGAGAUAGAGAAGUCAAGAGUCUCUUGUUGGAGAUUCUCCAUUUAAUCAAGUCUUUCCCUUUGCACUUCGAUGAAAAUUCACUGUUUACCGGAAGCCGGAGAGAGGCCGUCAAGUUAAAGGAGGAGUUUAGGCUCCAUUUUAAGAACAUUUCAAGGAUUAUGGACUGCGUGGGAUGCAUAAAAUGUCGCCUCUGGGGGAAGCUACAAACCCAGGGUUUGGGAACCGCGCUGAAGAUCCUGUUUUCCGAACGCCAAAUUGAAAACAUGCCUGAGAGAGGCCCUUCUCCCUCGUUCCAUCUAACAAGACAGGAAAUCGUAGCCCUCUUCAAUGCUUUCGGAAGGAUUUCAACCAGCGUUAAAGAGCUGGAAAACUUCAGGGAUCUCUUGCAAAGCCUGCAGUGAGGAUGACGCUCAGGGCAGUUUGUGCUGCUUCAACCACCAGGGAC